AUGGGGGCCGGCGAUGCGCCUCGGUCGCAUGCGGAACGGCGAGAGCCGGUCCGCCAAUCGACUCGUGGCGCGGACCAGCGCGGAUUGAGGCGGCGGCCAAAGCCCGGGCAGUUGAUAUGCCCGCGGAAUGCCGUCGCCCCGAUUGUGGAAACCAGCACGCGCCCCUGCGGCGUGCCUCGGCGACUGCGUGCUCCAGGCGCUGGCCUGCGGGCUCCCCAUUUGACCCGUCUUGAAACACGGACCAAGGAGUCUGACAUGUGUGCGAGUCAACGGGCUAGCAAACCCGUAAGGCGCAAGGAAGCUGACAGGCGCGAUCCCCCUCGAGGGGUGCAACGCCGACCGACCUUGAUCUUUUGA